ACAACUUACGAUCUGCUGUCAUAGGAACGAUCGGAAAAUUGAGGGAUAACAUCAAGGAUGCUUAAGGGAUAAUGAGAAAAGUGCCCAAGGAUAACUCCAAGCAUACUGAGGAAAAAGCCCAAGCAUAACCUCAAGUAUUUUUAAAGGAUACUAUGAAAAGAGUCCAAGAAUACCUCAAAGGAUUGUCAGGAUACUACGGACAAAACUCGAGGAAUUCUCCAAGGGCUAUUCAAGGCAACAACAUAAGUGCAAGGUCGAGGAUCCAAGGCUGGAGUUUAGGAAAUGACGUCUCCGCGGCACAGGUCGAGUGGGCCAGCAAGGAGCCGCCCCUAGAUCAGCGGACUCCCCGUAGCCAAGUCAAGGUCGUAGAGGCGGCCACGUUGGAAUUCCGCCUAAAGUUAGAGGCGCAACGAAGGAGUGAGGAGCGGCGACUCAUAGAGAUGGAGGAGAUCGGGGGUGGCAAGUCCGGGAUGGCAAGUCCAGUGGCGGAGGGCCGACGAGGAGCAGCAGCUGUGGUAGCAUCUGGCGUACCUACCCACACCAAGGUACACGACCGAGCCUUGGUCCCGCCCCAGGAGGUGGCCUUGUCUAUAGACAAGGAUAACCCUAAGGAUGCUCAGGGGAUACUAGGAAAAGAGUCCAAGGAUAACUCCAAGGAUGCUCAAAGCAUACUGAGGAAAAAGCCCAAGGAUAACGUCAAGGAUUCCCAAAGGAUACUACGAAAAGGGUGCAAGGAAAUACAAAAAGCACCCAAACCUUGCGGAGGAUCUCAGGGCGAGGCGUUCCUGAUCCUGUAG